GGAUUGUUUUAUGCAGAAAGACCUCGCACUGGCUGAAACCCAGAGGCUGAGCAAGAAGUGCCGGUGAUUUUCUGCAAAGCAAAGAGGGAGCAGUGCAAAGGCAGGGAUAGCAGUGCGUUGUGCCACUUACCGUGGUCCAAAGAACCCAUGGCACGCCUGGCAUACAGACUUUUACAGCGCCCGUGCCGCAACAGAACACCUGUUGCUGAUGCAAUGCAGGCACAAUGCGGGCCCCUCAGUCCUGCCUUCUCAGCACCUUGUGAGGUGGUGUUUGCAGCGAUUUGCUUCUUGACAGUCGCAAGUCACUGGCAAGGCCAGACGAGGUUGUUUGGAUAGUGUCACAGCUGCCAAAGGCACGGCUGUCCACUAGAACGGCUAGAUCAGUAUCCACGUAGGUAGGGUGCUACGCAAGCGCGUUCUUGACCUCGAGACCGCUGCUGUCACAAGUUUGAGCAGACUCAACCGCUUCCUGAAUUUCGGCAGCCUCUCUAAACCCAUGAGAGCUUUGGGAGCUGUUGCACUUGCCGCCGUGUUUGGAAGCAUAGGCGCUUUAGCAAGAUAAGAACUUGCUUGGCACGUGCCGGGAUCCCAUUUUGAAGUGCAGGACACGGCGCGAUUGAGCCCUUCACAUGUGCCGAAAAGCGCCUUUCUGCUUGGCGACUGGCAGAAGCCAUUGGGCAUGCCGUGCCGUGUGUCGGAUGCUGCUGACUCCAGUGCUCUAGCGGUGUCGGCUUCGCGGCCAGCCCUAGUGCCAUGUCUAGUUCGCGGAGAGGCUCCGAGAGCCUGCUCUCCGACUGUAGGACUCGAAGUAGCGCGUUUUUCAACGCGCUACUUCCACGGCAAGUUCACAGGUUGCUUUGCGCCGGCGGACUGGAAAGCAUUGGUUGGCUUGAAUGGGGAAGCCAGAAGGAUCCCGCAACCGCCUUCCGCUGGGCCUCCGGUGCUGCGCAGACCCAGCUUUUCCGGCAGGAAGCUGAUGGAGGCGCAGGUACAGGACGAGCUGGACUGUGCAGGCCACUCUCUCAGUGACUUGGCACAGCGCUUCGAGCAGCGCCAGAAGGUUCGAAGCAGGCUUCAUGGUCCUGCCUUGGACUGGAGCAGGCAAACCUCUGAAGACUCCAAUGCCAGCGUGACGGAGUUCAACUUCUUAUUCGAAGGUACUUCUGGGACGGCAUGAUUUGUGCUGCAGGAGACCUUGCGAUUGUCUGCGUCUGAAGAACUCAAUAGCAAUGCUUCUACAUAGCUUGCUUCCGCUCGGGUGGUGGCCUCCAA